GUGCUCUCCCUCCGGCCGCACCCAGGUCAGCUCUGCAGCGUCCCCUCACCAACCGAGUGGCUGUUUGUCCCCCGGGGGCGGCAGACACUCACCCGGCAGCCAGAGCGCGAGGAGCCAGGAGCCGGCUAUCGCCAUGGUGACCGUUCGCGCUCUCUCUCUCCCCCUCCACCACCCCCAGUAACCCGGAGCCGGAACUACCCCCACCGCAUCCGGGUAACCCGGAGCCGCGCGUGCCGGUCCCACGGAGCGAGGGUUCGGUUUCACCGUUUCCAAAAGAGUGGACCCGGUCGGAGCGAAGCCCGUUCAGCCUGUCUUGAAUACAAAACUCCCGCAUAGAACCACACAACAAAAGAUGGUGGCAGCAACCACAUCCACUGCCUAGAAAAUCGUGGCGAUAGUGAAGAUCAAAAAAACAGAACUGAAAUUAUUUAAAGAGAAGACCUUGAAAAAUCACUUUUCCAAAAAGGACCAUAGAACUGAACAGCUGCUGUGAAGGAAAAAUCUCUGACCAGAAAGCUCUUGCAGGGAAACAAGUGAAGACAACUGCACCAUGGACUAAAUCAUUAACAGCUCCACAUUAGCCCUUGUUCAAAUGAGGCGGAAGAAACAGACACAGACGAGUAAGCGAGCAGCUCCAAAAUGGAAAGAUGCUCGUCAUCAGCAGAAAGGGUGCUCCUUGGAGUCAUUCACUGAAGAUGUUCAUGAGGCUGUACAAGCUGUUGAUAAUGGGGUCUCUGAGGAUGGGUCGUGUCCCACAUUUCAGUUCCCGUGUCCACUGGCCAUGUGGGAACUAGGACACUGUGACACAAAGCGAUGUACAGGCAGGAAGCUUGCUCGCAAAGGGUUUGUCCGCAACUUGCGUAUCAGUGAAAGGUUCAGUGGAUUAGUUCUCACUCCCAUGGGAACCAGAUACGUCUCCCCUAUGGACAGAGAGAUCGUGGCACAAGGUGGUGUGGCUGUCAUCGAUUGCUCCUGGGCUAAACUAGAUGACACUCCAUUCACAAAAAUGAAGGGAAGAUACCCCAGACUAUUACCUUACCUCAUUGCUGCUAACCCAGUAAAUUAUGGACGACCCUGCAAGCUUUCCUGUGUUGAGGCAUUUGCUGCCACUUUCUGUAUUGUUGGGUUUCCAGAGCUGGCUGAGGUUCUACUAAAGAAAUUCAAAUGGGGGAAAACGUUUUUGCAUCUAAACCAAGCAUUGUUGGAGAAGUAUCGUGCGUGCAGGAGCGAAGCAGAGGUGCUACAGGCUGAACAGGAAUGGCUGGCUUCAGAUGGAGAACCAGAGGAACACGAGGAUCCAUUUGAUGUUGAUUCGGGGAAAGAAUUCUGUAAUCCCAAUAGACCCAACCUUGGAAGUGAAACAUCCGGCACAGUGUGUGAAUCACACAACAGUGAGCAGCUUCAGCACUGGAUCAGUAUCACCACGACAACGAAGCUACAGCAUUGAAUCAAUAUCAUCACAAAUUUAAGGAGCUCCACAUUAACUCCAGAAUUGCACAAGUUUGAGGAACUGUAACACAACUUCAGUAUUUCUACAAUGGUGACAGUGAGAAGCCACAGCGCCAGAUCAAUCAUGUUCCAAUGCUGAGGAGCUCCUGCAUAGCUUUACUAUCAUCACAACAAAGUACCACUCCAACACUUGACAUUCUGAAAUUCUGAAUGUUUAUGUAUAGUCGCAUAUUGCAGUCACUUAUUCCAAGUUGGCUUGAAUUUAAUCCGGAGACACCUCUAGCUCCUUCAUCAUCUUAACAAAGUCCUGUGCUUCUCUAUCAGCGGUCCGGCCCUCCAGCAUCUUCAUGAUUGGUUUCAUCACUGCAAAAAUAAACACCUGUAAUUGACA